AUGGUCAAGGUCACAAACUUGGACUACCUUGGACAUCGCCAGGACUCACAUGACGAAGAAGAUGUGGAUCGAUACAGUCACCAGCAACCUACAGAGCUUGGAAAACCAAUAUUGGACUAUGUCACCGCAUCUGAGGCUGGCAGGGUGCGGCAGGAUUCACUCGGUCAGAGAUCCCAUCUCUUUUUCACCUCAACAUCACGACCGACCGUCUCUGCUCACAAGACCUGUCCUCUCAUGAUGGAACAGUCCCCAACCGCUCCCACAUGCAUUCCUGGUGCAAUGACGAGGAUCACUUGCCACGGGAAAGGUUUUAUCGCGGUCCAGACCCUCUUCUACGAACGGCGGUAUAAGCAGUGUAUCGCACUCUGCGAGCAGCUCCAGGACCCUGAGAUCCAUGGCCUCCAUCGGACUUUCCUUUGGUUCUAUCACGCCGUCUGUUACGAAGCCAUUGGACUCCUCGCCCACGAUUUCUCGCAGAAAAAGCUUCACUUCCUGGACUCGGCCAGAGAGAGUUUUGGGUUGGCGGUGAAGUCUUUUCCACUGCCGUUCGUUUCCACGGAAGCAGGGACAUACGCUCAGCUAGACGACUCUCCCUCCACGCCGGACAUCAAUUUCUCUCUACCUUUCUCUGAUAAGGUGGUUCAAGCUACCCAUGCCACGUUCCCUCAAACCCCGCGUAUCAAAGAGUCCUCGCUCUUCCGAUCCCCUAGCAGUAUCUACUCGACAGCAAGUCCCCUAAAGGCAGAAUCAAUCUCGUACUGUGCCGACCAAUCGCCAACGAGAAAGGGAGAACCUCCUACCACAUUCCCUACGGUCGCGGAACCAGACAUUCCCAAAGACAAGCAGCUGAUCGUGCCAGAAACUCCCGGGACGCACAGAACUCGUCCCAGCCGUGUCCUCAGCUCACCACAAGCACUCCAGCAAGAACUCGUGCCUUCACCCCUCUUCAGCCGCCAUGCGAAACAGGCUCGUGUUCCGAACCCUGCCAAUGGCACCAAUGUUCCUCGUCCCCUCCCUCCUCUACCUUUCAACCACAACCCUCUCGCCUUCACAAUAGACGGCACGCGCAUAACCCAAGCGCCCCACCUCCGCAAGACAGCGGUCCAAACCCUCAUCGCCCGCUUCGAAGGCAUACUGCCUCUACCACCAUCAACGCCCCUCACCACCAUCGUGCACUCAACGCCAUCAACAACGCCCGACAUCGCUACCCCUCGAUUCCGUAUGAUCAGCGAUGCAUUCUCACCAGAUCCGCGCAACGAGCACCUGGAGACAUACCUCACGUCCACUGCUGCUUCGGCGCACCUGGCGAGAUAUAACGCCAAAUUGGCGGACUUUCGCGUCCGCCUAAAAGAUCACAUCGCUUAUUUAGAUGGGGAGCUCACGAGGGUGCAAAAGAUGCAGAAUGAAAGACAGGCAGCCAAACAGUUGUUGGGCCCCAAGCAGCGGUAUGCGAGUUUCUGGUCCUUCGAGGCGGCGAGCUCGCCAUGCCCGAGACGGCGAGACCGGCCGAUGGAAUCGAAAUAUGGAGAUGGAAGUGAGCACAAUGGUAGUCAAGCUGGCGACGAAGUUGAUGAAGUUAGAGAUCGACAUGGAGAUGGAGAUGGAGAUGGAGCUGGAGAUCAAGAGGGAGAAGACGCAAAAGCCAAGGCGAAGAAGGAGAGGAUGGCCAGGUUGAGGCAGCAGGGGUGGCGUGUUCGGAAGGAGAACCACGGCUUCAAGGGCGUGCAGUUCUACGAUAACCUGUGUCGGUGCGUGGAGACUGAAUUGAACGAUAGCCGGCUGUUUGCAUGA